CAAAAGACGCGCAUUAUACACUGAGCUACAGUCCAGCACCAUCAUGAUCUUCGAAUGGGUCUCAUAUAUUGCGUUUUACCUGCUUGUUGCUGUUUUUGGUGCAUUUCUUGCAUAUUGUCUGUAUGUUCAUCAUGUUCAUCAGAAAUAUGAUCAUCUACCUGGACCUCCAAGAGAGAAUUUUCUGCUGGGACAUAUACAAAUUUUUGCUAGAACACUGAAGUCGGAUACCAUUAUACAUGACUUGUUUCUUCAGUGGGGAGAAAAAUAUGGCCCUGUUUACAGACUGAACACUUUUCACCAAGUCAUAAUUGCAGUUCAUUGCCCAGAGGCUACAAAGACAAUCAUGAUGUCACCUAAAUAUAUUAAAGACCCCACUGUCUACAAACGCCUCUAUAACCUGUUUGGAAAAGGUAAGCUUUAUUUAAAUGCAACUCUCAGGUUCCUUGGAAAUGGUCUAAUAACGGCGGCAGACCAUGACAUCUGGUACAGGCAGCGUCGCAUCAUGGAUCCGGCUUUUAGCAGCACAUACUUACGAAGCUUGAUGGGCACUUUUAAUGACAUGUCUGAGCGCCUAAUGGACCAUCUGGAGGAAAUAGCCGACACAAAAACACCUGCCAUCAUGCAUGACCUGGUCAACUGUGUCACACUCGACGUCAUUUGCAAGGUGGCUUUUGGUGUUGAUUUAAAUUUUUUGAAGCUCACUGAAAGUCCUUUCCAGAAUGCAGUUGAACUGUGUUUAAGGGGCAUGGUGUUAGAUGUCAGAGACCCAUUCUUUGCGCUAAUGCCCAAGAAUUGGAAGACCAUUCAAAAAAUUAAGGAUGCAGUUGAACUCCUGCGUAAAACAGGAGAGAAAUGGAUACAAGAGAGAAAGACAGCAAUUGAAAAUGGAGAAGACAUCCCCCAAGACAUUCUCUCACACAUCCUCAAAACAGCAGAGGAGGAAAAAGUGAAUAGUGCAAAAGAUCAUGAGCAGAUGUUGGACAAUUUUGUGACUUUCUUCAUCGCUGGGCAAGAGACAACAGCCAAUCAGCUCUCAUUUGCAAUCAUGGAAUUAGCGAGAUAUCCUGAGAUAUAUAAACGAGCUAAAGCAGAGGUGGAUGAAGUCCUUGGGACAAAAAGAGACAUUUCAUAUGAAGAUCUUGGAAAAUUCACUUACUUGUCGCAGGUGUUGAAGGAAACGCUGCGUCUGUACCCAACUGCUCCAGGAACCAAUCGCUGGCUCCACGAGGACAUGGUUAUAAAUGGGAUGAAAAUCCCAGGCGGCUGCUCUGUUGCUUUCAAUUCUUACGUCUCCCAAAGAAUGGAACAGUAUUUUAAAGAUCCAUUGAAGUUUGAUCCAGAGAGAUUUGAUGUGAAUGCCCCAAAGCCUUAUUACUGCUACUAUCCAUUUGCACUCGGUCCACGGAGCUGUUUGGGACAGGUCUUCUCACAGAUGGAGGCAAGAGUUGUGCUUGCCAAACUGCUUCAGAGAUUUGAGUUCAAUCUGGUUCCUGGACAGUCUUUCGACAUUAAAGACUCGGGAACCCUGCGGCCCAAGAGCGGAGUGAUCUGCUACAUUAAACACUGCUCAUAGGAUGUGUCUGAGCAGAGACGUUAUCACAUGCUAAUCAUUUAUGCGACAUUUGUGCUUUUUAUUUAAUUCAGUUUCAUUGUAGUCCAUUAUGGUGACAUAAGGUUUUCGUUUAAAUAUACGUAGAUUAUACAAAUAUGGUCAUGAUAUAAACAUAACAGGCAACAUGCUCAAUGAGAAUCAUACUUACCGUUGUAUCAGUUUAACCAUUUUAGUGAAAUAUUUAGUAGUAAAAAGUAUCUGGCAUCUUGACAUUUGUUUAUCUGAUUUUCAAAUGUUCUUAUAUUUACAUAUACAUUAUAUGCAGAGAGAAUACAUGGCAAUAAAAUAAUAAAAGUGGGUUUGCUCUUAAAAA